CGCCAUCGCCGCCCGCCUCCCCCAGCCCAACGUCUCCGCCGCCGGCUCCGCGCCGCCGCCAUGGCCGACGUGGAAGACAGCGAGGAGUCCUGCGCCCUGUCCUCUCACUCCGGGAGCGCAGGCUCCAAGUCGGGAGGUGACAAAAUGUUCUCUCUCAAGAAGUGGAACGCGGUGGCCAUGUGGAGCUGGGACGUGGAGUGCGAUACGUGCGCCAUCUGCAGGGUCCAGGUGAUGGAUGCCUGUCUCAGAUGUCAAGCUGAAAACAAACAAGAGGAUUGUGUUGUGGUCUGGGGAGAAUGUAAUCAUUCCUUCCAUAACUGCUGCAUGUCCCUGUGGGUGAAACAGAACAAUCGCUGCCCACUUUGCCAGCAGGACUGGGUGGUCCAAAGAAUCGGCAAAUGAGAAUGGUGGAAGACUUUCUUAGUGCAGUUGCUUGAAGCCCUGGUGGAUCUUGUUGUCAGACUUCCUCAAAGACUAGAACACUCCAGGGGACUUAAUUCUUCAGACAAAGAUGAAUCUGUGGUCCUUUGGACUCAUCAGAGGCAAGGUUUAGUUUUUGUCGGUUUUAUCUUAAGAAAUUCUCUACUGUUAAGAAGAUAAUUUAUUAAAGAUGGUCUUCCCUACCUCUGUCAAGUCUUUGAAGUGCUAUAAAGUAGGCGAGAACUACAAAUUAAAUGAACUUAAUAAUUUACUUAUUGAUAACCAAUGGACUAUAGAAGCAGUUCUGUUCAGAAGAGAACUUUUUGCAUGCUUAUGAUUGGUUGAUGAGUUAUUAAAAAAAAGCAAUUUUAUAGUAGCAAAUAAAGUACAGUUCAAAACACAAUUCUUAUUCUUUAUUUUUUGGCGGGGAGGAGGAUGAUUCAUGAAAUCUUUAUUUGAUGAAAUGAUAAUUUUAAGUUUGAGCAAGUAAACAGGAUAAAUAGAGUUUAACUUUUGGACUAAUGGGAUUUUGAUGGUCUCUUAGGUCCUCUUUUAUCUGUGAAUUAUGAGGAAAAAUAGGUCUACAUUCACCUUAUUGUUUAGUCAUUGAGUGGUGAAAAGUAUUCUCAAAUUCUACUCAGAUUAGGUUGUAAUUCAGCUGUGAUUUAGGUGAAAUGUUAACGAAGGGAAAUGUUUACCACUGUAGCAUUAGAUCAAAAGUUUAUUAUAAAUGGUUUAAUAAAUGUCUUUUCUGUUUGUUUCAUUUGAACUAUUGUAAUUUUUAUAUAAUAUUUAAUGUUAGUAAACUGGUUUGCAAG